AUUAUUUUUAUUAAAUUUAACAUUUAUUAUUGUAAUACCUAAAAUAGUGAUUAUAUUUUGACACUAAUGAUUAUUGUCAGUAAUUAAAACUCCAAGUAGAAAUGAAUAUAUUUUAUUCUAGACAUUUUUACAAGAAAAAUGAGCUUUUUUUCUAUAUUUUAUAAAAACAAUAAGACUUCUUCAAGUGCACAAAAUAAAAAAUCAAAUAAUAUAUUAUCAAAAAUGAUUGACCAAGAUGCAAUAUUACAGGAAAAAUUGGCAAAAUUAGAGGAACAAAAACAUUUAAGAAAACUUAAUCUUCUUGAAGAUGAAAAGAAUAUGAAAGAGUGUGAAGAAAAUAAAAUUCGUCAUUAUCAGAAGGAAAAUAAUAAUGAUAAAACCAUUCAAUUUUUGUUAACUGAUGAAGAAAAUACUGAUCAAUUAGUGUCUUCAAUUCAAAAAAAUAAUUUACAAAAACAGGAAAAAUUUUUAUGUCAUUUAAUAGAAGUUGAAAAAACAUCAAAAGAGUUAAUAAAAAAUACACUUAACUUAAAUGAAUCAUUUGAAAUGGAUUAUAAUGAAAAAUAUAGUAAAUGUGAUUUAAUUAAAAAUACUAAAAACAAUGAUAAGUUAAAGUUAAAAAAAGAGAACAAAGAAUUUACAUUAAGACUUGAACAAAUAAUUGAAAAAGCCAAUUUGCAACGUUAUGUACUUGUGAAUAAUGAAUCAAAAAGUGAUUCAUCUGAAAUGGAAAGAUUAACCAAUCUUCUUAACACAAGUAAUUGUUAUCGCCAAGUUUCAAAAGAACAUUUAAAAUCAAUGUAUAAUCAGCUCAAAUAUUUGACUACUGCUGAACUGCAUAAGCGAAAUUGUCAGCUCAAUAAACAAAUAAAUGAUUUAUCUACUGAACGAAUUACAUUAACUCAAUUACUUGUUGAUUUUAUUGAUAAAAAAAAGCUUAACCAAAAGUAUUUGAUACAAAAAUUAGAAGCCCAACAAUUUGAAUUUGAUACUACUAUAAAAUGGUUAUCACAGUAUUCAAAACUAGUCAAUGAUAUGCCAUCAGAGUUGACAUUUUCUAAAAAUUCUAUAAAUCCAACAUUAUUACACAGAGUGUGUACAAUGGGUGGAAGUCAUCUUCUGUUAUUUAUUUUGGAGAAUGAACUAAAAUUACCAUUGACCAAAGAAUAUUUGAUUAAUAUGGGUAUUCAUAGCUGCAAAGAUCAAGAAAUAUUAAUUAAUUCACUAAAUUAUUUUUCAACACCAACUGCUCCUCCUGAAAAUAUGUUUACACCAUCAGCUCCAUUUUUAGAUGAGCUUGAAUGUAUUGUUUGUAUGGAAAAACAAUUUGAUGUUUUGUUUAUACCUUGUGGACACUUAUGUUGCUGCUGGAAGUGCUCAGAAAAAUUAACAUUAUGUCCCAUGUGCAGAACUUUAAUUUCGAAAAAAGUUGAUAUUAAAAAUAUAAAUUGAUUAUUAUCACUUUUGGUUUUAUAUAGCUUUUAAUAUCUAUUUUCUUAUAACA